AUGGAUCGCAACUCAUCUGACCACACCACUCUACUCCAGUCUUCGAUGCCAAAACUGGCUCUAUCUCUAGCCCAACGCAACCGAUUAUUUUUCUACUCAGGAGUUAACUUCGGCUUGAAUACAGGGGUAUUAUGUCUCAUACUCGAACAAAGACUUUUAACAUCUGUUACACUGAGUUUCUUUGGUAUUCUAGAUCCGGCCUUUGUUUUGGCUGUUUCCGUAGUCUCCCAGCGCUUUUAUUGUGUCGAAUAUUGUAAUUCUAGAAAUGUUCAUAUGGUUUGCGAUUUCAGUUGGAGUAUGCUCGGCCUUUGA